AUGGAUUUCGUUGGCAAUUCCUAUGGUCAACUAAUUUUCCGCCAUGGUGAAUAUUGUCUUCUUGUUGAUGUGUUCAAUGGUGCUGAGGUUUCAGCUCCACCUCUCCCAUUCAAUCGCGAUUUCAGGGGGCUCAACUGCAGCGGCUCUCUUACAGCUCCACUUGCAUCACCCAAUUCACACCUCCUUGUCAGCACCGUAAACACCCUGUUUGAUUGGCCAGUUGGAAGUGAAUCUUGGUCUGAACUGCAGCUUCAUAAUACAUGUAUAGUACAGAUUGUGGAAUUGAAAGGUCAGUUCAUCGCCAUGGAUGAUUGUUGUAAGAUCUACACUUUGCAGCUGUCCCCCGAGUUCGGUCUGCAAAAGAUGACAUGUGUGGAUUUGCCAAUCACAUUUGUGGAUUCAUGGCUAGUGGUCUGUGGUGACAUGCUUCUCAUGAUCACGAAGCAUCCAUCCUUUCCAAAAGUAAAAUAUAUACCCUACCAACUUGACCUGUCAACCAACCCUGCAAAAUGGGUUGAAGUAAAGCAGCUAAAUGAUUGGGCACUCUUUGUUGGAUGUGCUGUGAGGAGCCGGCCAUUUUCUUGCAUGAGCCUAGAAAGAUGGGGAGGGAGGAGCAAGUCGUUGUACUUCGCAGGCCAUCACUCUUUUGUUUUACAUGGAUUGGGUAUCGAGGGAGAUGUAAAGUUAGAGCACAAAAGAAACUGGUUACGCAAGCUGCAGCCCCUCUGGGUGUACCCAAGGAUGUUCUACUCAGACAGCCAGUGA